UGAUUUUCAUGCAUUUUCUGUUGACGAAUCGAAAAUGGGAAAUUAUCACGGAUAUCAAGGACAAUUAGGGCAAUUAAUACCGUUGUUAAAAUUAUUUCAACAAUUUCCGCUACAAUCGAGGGGGCUACCUUCACAGUGCUCUCGCACCGCUAGCGGCUGGCGCGUCUUCAAUGUCUGUAUUAGGUUAUGAAUUUGUUCAACACUGCCAGGAACAAUGCGUAAGGAGCAGCUUAUAUAGAUGCACCCUUAUGCGACCAUCGGACAUCGGCAAUUACAAAAAUCUUUGAGCACGUGUUUUUCAAACCUGAUCACCAUGGCUGAAAUUGAGAAGGACAAGAAGAAAAAUAAGACUAAAUCUCUAGGUGAGAUCCAAGCCAAGAUGAAAUGUCAGUUAGAACCUUCUGAUGUUGCUAAAACUAUGAAGCUGGAAUGCAAGGAUUGGCCAUUGUUGUUUAAGAAUUUUGAUAAAAUGUUAACAAGAACCAAACAUUUCACACCGCUCACAUGUGGAUCUACACCUUUGCAUCGAUCAUUAUCAGAGUAUGUCCAAUCUGGAUGUAUCAACUUAGAUAAGCCAUCAAAUCCAUCUUCCCAUGAAGUUGUUGCUUGGAUCAAAAGAAUCUUAAAGGUUCAGAAAACUGGUCAUUCUGGAACUUUAGAUCCAAAAGUAUCAGGAUGCUUAAUUGUUUGCAUAGAUAGAGCAACACGUCUUGCCAAAUCUCAACAAUCCGCAGGCAAGGAAUAUGUUGCUGUUUUUAAACUUCAUUCCGCAGUUGAUAACGUUAAAAAGAUACAUCAAGCUCUAGAAAAAUUAAGAGGUGCUCUAUUUCAAAGACCACCUCUGAUAUCAGCAGUCAAGCGUCAAUUAAGAGUAAGAACUGUUUAUGACAGUUGGUUUUUAGAUUAUGACGAAGACAGGAAUAUGGGAGUUCUCAAAGUUAGUUGUGAAGCAGGCUCAUAUAUUAGAACCAUUUGUGUGCACCUUGGCCUGUUUCUUGGCACUGGAUGUCAAAUGCAGGAAUUAAGGAGAAAUCGUUCUGGCAUCAUGUCCGAGAAAGAUGGUUUGGUAACUAUGCAUGACAUUCUUGAUGCGCAAUGGCUAUACGAAAAUCAUGGAGAUGAAUCAUACCUCAGAAGAGUUAUCAGGCCAUUAGAAUCUCUUCUUGUCAAUCACAAAAGAAUUAUAGUUAAGGAUAGCGCUGUAAAUGCUAUAUGUUAUGGAGCUAAAAUAAUGCUUCCUGGUGUUUUGAUGUACGACGAAGGUAUUGAAUUAAAUCAAGAAAUAGUAAUAGUUACUACGAAAGGAGAAGCCGUGGCGCUUGCUAUUGCUCUCAUGACGACGCCAACAAUGUCUGCUUGUGAUCACGGAGUAGUCGCCAAAAUCAAACGUGUAAUUAUGGAACGAGAUGCUUAUCCAAGAAAGUGGGGCCUCGGUCCUAAGGCCUCGAAGAAAAAACGUCUCAUUAUCGAGGGAAAACUUGACAAACACGGAAAGCCAAAUGAAAACACACCUGCUGAUUGGCUGUCUGGUUAUACGGAUUACAGCAUCAGUCCAGCGACGACUGAAGAAAAUGGCGUAAAAGAUAAUACAAAUAAUGGUGGAGUUAUCGCUAAAAAACGCAAGCGCGAAGAAGCUAUGCCUAUUUUAGUAGCAGAAGUUGCUGCAGCUGAUGAGUCUGUGGAUAUUGAAUUGGCAUCUCCUAAAGAAAAAAAAAAGGACAAAAAAGAUAAAAAAAAAAAAAAAGAUAGAAAGAAAGACCAGAUAUCUGAUACCGAAGCCGAAACGUCAUUGACUGUAAAAGCUGAAAUAGAAGCUGAUGAGGAACGGCAACCAAUCAAAGAGAAGAAAAAAAAGAAAAAAAAGAGCAAAGAAGAACAGAAAACAGACGGCGAUUGAAAAUGUUGAUAAUUUUAGAUUGGAUUAAACAAUUUUAAUAUCAGAUGGUUGUAAUAAGAAAAACUGUAUUUGUGAUGUUUGGCUUUUCUAUGAAUAUUGCCAAAGUAUGAAAUUCCACAUUAUUAACACAUUCACAAGUGUUUGAGUAUAUCAACGGCUGUACAUAAAUAGCAAUUUUUUCUUAGAAUGUGUUUCACACUUGACAAAACAAAAAAUUUUUAAGUAACUUUUUUUUAUCAUUUAUUUUCGUACGUUUCGUAAUCUACGAAGUAGUUUGAAUUUGUUUUUUAUUCAUUACUAAUUUUUUUCUUCUUUGUGAACACGCGCAUUGGAUUCGAUAAAGGUAAUCUACAGGUUAUUGACAUAAAACAAUACCUGACUAUAUAACUUUUGUAAAGACAAUGAACUAUUUUCAAUAAAAAUCU